AUGGAAGCUGCAUUCGCAGAAGAAGUGCGUUCGAUGCGCUAUGCACUACGUUUGCGUCUCAAGUACGAGUCCCAACAAAUGUGUCCCACCAAUAAUGUAAGAGAUGUAGAGACGGAAUGUGCGGUAUCAAAGCUAGAGAUACUUUUUUCGCGUACGGUGCAAUUUGGUGAGAACCAGUCGGGGCUACUACUCGGAGCUAGAGGUAGCGACCGGCACGCUAUCGUGAUGCAUGCAAUGCGCAACUUGCGCAACAGAUUUGGAAGGUUCACAGUUGUUUAUCUCAACGGUGUCAUCUUACAAAACGAGCUCGAAGCUUUAAAAGAGCUCACGGCACAGCUCACUUGUACAACGACAGUCAAAAACUCAGCACUGUCAUAUUGGAAUAUGUACGAGUAUCUACGCGGCUUGCUUGUCGCUAAAGCACAGAUUGGAGACCACGUCAUUAUUAUCCUUGAUGCACUGGAGCAGUUUAUCCACGAAACCAAUAAUGCAAAGCAAUUAUUGCUGUACACGUUGCUAGAUUGGCUUCAGGCAAAAGAUAUCAAGAUGGGUGUGCUAGGUGUAACAGAUAACUACAAUAUUGUUGACAAUCUGGAAAAGCGUGUGCGCUCUAGAUUCUCAAAUCUUCAAAUUGUUAUUGAGCGACCCUCCUUUGCUCAGAUACGGCAACAUCUGAUCCGCGUGCUUUCUAUCGACAACUUCCAGUGGGAUUCGUGCAGUGACAUACAAAAACCGUCGAGCAAAUACGUCGAGUCUUUUUGCAAGUGUUUAACCGAGCUGCUUUCAAAGCAAGGCAAAUUUCUUGCAAGCCUAGAGUUCGAUUACGACAUUGGGAAACCUCAAUCCUUCUUCUUUCGCCUUGCCUCUGCUGCCAUAUGUUACUUAGAUGCUAAAAAUCCCAUUCUUACAGCACACCACUUUCAAUGUGCCAGGCAAUUGCUGGAGCAAGAUCACCAAUUGGCUGUACUAGAAACUGUGACAGAACACGGAAUUGCAUUGUUAAUCGGCAUGGGGCACUUGGAGAAAGCUGAUCGACGCGUCUUUACUCUAGAGAUGAUAUACGCUCGGUGGGAAAAUUUUCUUCGCCAGCACGAUAUGCUCGCGCAACUACCAACACGGAGUGAAGCGCAAAAAGCAUUAGAUAAUCUGCUGCGAUUAGAGCUCGUCAAGGAUGCAGGAGAUGCAUUUCACAUUGAGCGUGGCGUGGAUAGUACAAUGAAGUCGGACACAUCGAACUUACUUCAGCCCGAAUAUCGAGCAGUACACCUGAACUUUGCGCCUCGUACACUUGAAGUUCGUCUUGGUCGACCAUUGGAUGCUGCACUAAGCGAUGUUGACAACACUUUACAAAUACAAUGUCAACCCAAAGCUCUGGUGUAUCAGCAAAAACCGUUGCUUAGAUCUGGACAUACAAAUCUAGCAGCUUUUGCGCGAAAAAAUACGAAAACGCUAGCACACACCAUCUCUCCUUCACCCUUCAUUUACUCAGGCUGUCGACGUGAACGCAAUUUGGAACCGCUUCGAGAUUUCCCAGUGAACCGAGCACCUCAGCCCCGAAGCUUGCGACGAUCUCGUGCAAAGGGCUCGCCCCCGUUCACUGACACUGCGAAGAGUUCUUAUUCUUUUCGAAAGACAAACUGUAAUUUUACUUCGUCCGCAUCGAAAUUGGAACACGAUCGGAAUCACGCAUCACGUAUAAUUGUCCGAUUUCUUCGUCGAAUUUGUCGGCUCGAUGAUCGGGUAGAAAAGGCUUUACUGCAGUGCUUGCAAGCGCAACGAGAUAAGAAGUUGGAAAGAUAUCCUUUUGUGUUGACGGAUAAUGAACAGCUUCGGAUUUUGCAACUAUACAACCCACGCCUUUACGGCUCACAUCACUGUGUAUCACCGUUUGCGUUGAGCUCAAAGUCAAUGAGGUCCCGAGUUCCUCAAAUGGAAGCGCAAAAACGUUCCAGGCAAUCUGAAAUAUUGAUGAGGAUGAGGAUAGACACGGAACGAUUGAACCAAACGUCAAGACAAAAGACGCAAGCAUUGAUCGGCAUGAUGACUACACAUCAAAAUGAUUACCAGCGGCAUGUUCCUGAAUUACAAUUGCGACCUAAGACCGUUCUCGGUCGUGAAGGUUGCUGA